AUGCCACCUCCGGAUGACAGCACUGCCCACCGGAAUUGGCCUCACUUCUGCCAGGACGACCGAAAUGAAGUCAGCUUUGAAAAGUGCUCAGCUCACUGGUGUGGACUGUUCAGCAGCUGCUGCCAUGAAUCCGUACCAGAAACCUGCAGCCGCUGCGAGCAGGUCCUGGGAUCCGUUUUUGAUUACAAUUGCCCGAAGUGCUCCAGAGCUGUUUGCGUGAAUUGCCUGGAGAAAAUGAGCGGCCAGACUUUCCGGUGCAGCUGUGGAGAUGAGCCGGAGAUGGAAAGCACGCUUUGGAUGAUCGGAGCAUUUGCUUUCCUCACCGGCGCAAAGCCUGCCGGAGCAUCGCAAGGCUACACUGCCAUGCAUUCGCGGAGCCACGCGCAUUCUGUGCCCAACCCGCUGCUGGAGCCUCCAUCGACCACGAACACUGCUGCAUUGCCACAGCACCGGACGCUUUGUCCGGCUACUAAGGAGUUGCUUCCUCCCGCUGCACCGCUGCCGGCACCGCAGUCCUUGCCGUCCCUCUUGGGCCAUCGCCGUCGUGUCUCACAGGUCGCUGACGUCUUCAAGACACAUCUGCCGGUGGAAAUGCCCUGCAGCCCGAUGUCCCGAUGA